AUGGUUCAGAACAAGGCUUUGAUCUUCAAGAAGGUGCCCCAGGGCUACCCCGUCCCCGGCGAGCACUUGACCAUUGAGUCGACCGAGUUCGACGUCGACCAGGCCCCUCCUCAGGGCGGCAUCACCACCAAGAACCACUACAUCAGCUUCGACCCCUACCAGCGUGGCCGCAUGCGUGAUGCCUCGGUCAAGUCCUACUCUCCUCCUUUCGCCCUCGGCAAGCCCAUUACCAACUCUGGUAUCUCGACCGUCCUCAAGUCCGACAACGACAAGUUCAAGGCCGGCGAUGUCAUUGUCAUGAUGCAGGACACUGCCGAGUACAGCGCCAUCUCAAAGGACCAGGCCGACGCUGCCCGCAAGCUCGAGAACCCCUACAACCUGGACCCCAAGCUCUUCGUCGGUGCCCUUGGCAUGCCCGGCCUGACCGCCUACUCGAGCUUCUACGCCAUUGGUGAGCCCAAGAAGGGUGAGACCAUCUUCAUCAGUGCCGCUUCUGGUGCCGUCGGUCAGCUCGUUGGCCAGCUCGCCAAGCACGAGGGCUUGAAGGUCAUUGGUUCCGUCGGUGACGACAAGAAGUUGGAGUACAUCACCAAGGACCUCGGUUUCGAUGGUGCCUUCAACUACAAGAACGAGAAGCCUGCCGAUGCUCUCGCUAGACUCGCUCCCAAUGGCGUCGACAUCUACUACGAGAACGUUGGUGGUGAGCACCUCGAGGCUUCGAUCAACGCCAUGAACAACUUCGGUCGCAUCAUCUGCUGCGGUAUGAUCUCUCAGUACAACACUGCUCCUGGAGAACAAUACCCCGUCCGUAACCUUAUGCAGAUUGUCGCAAAGCGCCUGAAGCUCCAGGGCUUCAUCGUCGGCGACGAGGGUAUGGGUCCCAAGUACUUCGUCGACCACCAGAAGAACGUUCAGAAGUGGAUCCACGAGGGUACCUACAAGCCCCAGCUCAGUGUUACUGAGGGUAUCGACAACGCCGCAGAGGGCCUCCUUGGUCUGUUCCACGGCAAGAACUUUGGCAAGGCUGUCUUGGAGAUCUCCAAGCUCCAGUAA